AUGCCUGUUUCGCUGUGGUGGUGGGCGGCAUGCCGUGCUUUCCAGGGAGUAAUGUACGUGGUUGCCCUUUUUAUCCCCUGGCGGCGUCCUGAGCUUCUGAAAGGACCCGGUGCGAUCAGCAAACUUCCUGCCUUUAUCAAAGGCAAACGUCUGCAACGGGGUCUGAUCGUGACCGACGGUGUCCUCAUGCGCCUCGGCCUCCUCGACUCCUUCAUCAGUGGGAUGAAGGAUGAGGGGCUGGAGGUUUUUAUCUACCAAGGCGUGACCCCCAAUCCGACCGAAGAGGAGGUUGAGGAGGGGCUGAAACAGUAUUUGGAUAACCAAUGCGAUCACAUUAUCGGUUUCGGCGGUGGCAGUCCCAUCGACUGCGCGAAAUUGGUCGGAGCACGCGUGGUGCGACCGAACAAGACGGUUAAGCAGAUGGGUGGAGUCUUCAAGGUGCUGCGGGAGCUACCACCCCUUUUUGCGGUGCCCACGACAGCCGGCACAGGAACGGAGUGCACGCUGGGCGCCGUUGUGGUCGAUACCAAAGCCAAGGAGAAGUACCCAGUUGAGGACCCCUCUCUGUUCCCCCACUAUGCGGUGCUGGAUCCGUGUCUUACUCUCACACUACCCAAGUUUGAUACCGCCGCAACCGGCAUGGAUGCGCUGAGCCACGCCGUCGAGGCUUAUGUAAAUAUAUUACAGACCGAGCAAACGGAGCGUGACGCCAUCACGGCGGUGAAACUUGUUUUCGAGAAUCUUCGCAAUGCGUACAACGAUGGCAGCGACCUUGAAGCUCGUACGAAAAUGAUGGACGCUUCGUAUAUUGCAGGGCUUGCCUUCACACGUGCAUACGUGGGCUACGUUCACGCGAUUUCACACACGCUUAGCGGGCUGUACGACUUGCCGCAUGGAUACGCCAACGCCGUGCUUCUUCCACCUGUUCUUGAGGCAUACGGCCCUCCCGCGCACCGCCGUCUAGCCAAUCUGGCCGAGGCCAUCGGUAUUUCCAAAGGCAAUGACGCCGAACGCGCUCAGAAGUUUAUUCAGGCCAUCAGAGACCUUAACGCGGCACUGGACAUCCCGGAAACGAUGUCAUGGAAAGAAGAAAAACACGUGAUCAACAAGGAUGAUAUUCCAUUAAUGGUAUCCCGCGCUCUCAGUGAAGCUAACCCGCUGUACCCUGUACCGACUAUUCUCGGCGCGGAGGAGUUAAUAGAAAUCAUAAAACAAAUCAUGUGA